CUGUGUUGGAACUGCAAACGCUGUCCUACUUGCCUGAUUUCAGGCUGCCGUAUGUCGCCGCUAUUUGUUAGGAAUAACGUUAUUGCUGCUGAGCAACUGAGGAAAAUAGGAGACGUGGGGAUACACACUGGGCUUGGCUACAAAAACCGUUUAGCUGCUGCAUUGAAGCCUGGGAUAAAACUGACAGCGAAAAGAAGAGCAAGGGAUGACGUAGGGACUGAGGCUGGAGAAGAGUGCAGAGAUGAGCCUCACGUCCUGGUUCCUCGUGAGCAGCGGGGGUACGCGGCACCGUCUGCCCCGUGAGAUGAUCUUUGUGGGUCGUGAUGACUGCGAGCUUAUGCUACAGUCUCGCAGUGUAGACAAGCAGCAUGCUGUUAUCAACUAUGAGUCCAGCAGUGACGAGCACAAAGUGAAGGAUCUAGGAAGCCUGAAUGGGACAUUUGUAAAUGAUGUCAGGAUCCAGGAACAGAUGUACAUCACUUUAAAGAUUGAUGACAAACUAAGGUUUGGAUAUGAUACCAACCUGUUCACUGUGGUGCGAGGAGAGCUGCAUGUGCCAGAGGAGGCUCUGAAGCAUGAGAAGUUCACCAGCCAACUUCAACUGGGCAAGAAGCCCACCUGUGCAGAGCCCUUAAAAACCCCCAAGUCUUCCCCAGACAAAGCCAAAGUGAACAAACCCACAGAGCCCAUUGCUGUACCAGCAGUCAAACCUGCAGAGGCUAACAAAGGAGAUGACAAGAUUCCAGGUGAUAUAGCUGCCUUGCACAGGGGAACCCCACUGUAUGGACAGCCAUCCUGGUGGGGCGAUGGGGAUGCAGAUGAUGAAAAUUCCUUUAAACAGGAGAAUAAAACAUCUGGAAAGAAGCAGGAGAACAGCGGGACAGAGAGCAAAGAGACCAAGCGAGGUGAUAAAUCAAAGGAAAAUGGUCUGGGCCCUGUAGGCGCUGAGCCCAGCUACUUUGAGAUUCCCAGCAAGGAGGGACAAAUGGCACAGAACAGCAUCCAUGAGAUCCCAACAAAGGACACUGGGGCUGCAAAAUCAGCCACUGGCAGUGCCGCCUCACAGGCCAACACAUCAUUCACCAUUGAGUUUGACGAUACUUCCCCAGGGAAGGUCACCAUUAAAGAUCAUGUGUCUCGUCCACGACCUAAAAAAUCACCUCAUGUUGGCGGUAAAGACCUCAGCACACUGCAGGCAGCCAUCAUGGCAUCUGAGAGCAAGGUGGCUGACUGGCUUGCCCAGAAUGACCCUCCUCUAGUGAGGCGUGAGUCCACAGAAGAGGACAGUAAGAGCAUCAAGAGUGAUGUGCCUGUUCACCUCAAGAGGCUUAAAGGCAGUAAACACGAGGAUGGCACACAAAGCGAUUCAGAGAACGGCCUGGGAUUGCGCUUUGGCAGCAAACGCCACGCCGCACUGGAGGAGCGCUUGAGAGCCGCAGGAGUUGGUCGGGUCAAAACAGAGGGGUCGUCUUCUGUGAGCCGCACAGCCUUCAUGAUUGAGUUCUAUGAUGAGGAUAACCCUCGCAAAAGGCGCUCCUACUCGUUUUCACAGACCGCACCACUGCUCGGAGGCGUGGCAGGGGAAGGACUUUGCCCUGCACCGCCCUCACAUCCUAAGGUCGUCGCCACAGCAGCGGACGGCAGCAAGGGCAUGUCAUCAUCACUGGCGGCAGUCGCCCCCACGGCUGCUCGACUCCUGCUCAAGCAGAGAUCGGAGGAACCAAAGGUGGUGCAGAACCCUGCUGCUACUGGUCAGCCCAGUCCCACAGAUGAGGCUCAGAAACAAGAUGACGACCAGAGUGACAAGGGCACGUACACCAUUGAACUGGAUAAAAGCAACCCUGAGGAAGAGGAAGCCAGGCGAAUGAUCGAUAAGGUGUUUGGGGUGGAGAACUCUCAGGAUCCUGGUUGUCCUGAGAAACGGGAAGCAGGUGGAAAAGUGAAGGAAGGCAAGAAGCUCAGUUCCACUGCGACUGAGGUAAAGGCUGAAGUAAACAUACAUUCUAGACUUGUGGAGGAUUCGGUUGCAGUCGGCAGCCCUCGCUGGGUUUCACAGUGGGCCAGUUUAGCUGCUAAUCAAACACGAACAGACCCAGAGGGCUCUGGAGCCGAACCACCACCUUUUGUUCAUCAAGAGCGAGAUGGUGAUGCUGGCAUCUCUAUCAAGAGCACCGGUUCCACCACUUCCAGCCAAGCUGAGCGCAAAAGAAGGACUCUUCCGCAGCUUCCAACUGAGGAGAAGAUCAAGCGCUCUGAGAUCGGUGAGAAGCAGGACACAGAACCCCAGGAAAAAGAAAGCCACAAUGACCAUAAAGGUGAUGGCCAGAGCCUCACCACUCCGGACAACAAGGACAUUGAGUCUAGCCAAUCCAAGAGCAUCCAGCAGGACGGGCAGGUCGGAAAACAGUCUUCUGCACGCCCCCUGGGAAGUGGAGAGAGGAGAACGUCAGAGGAGAGUCGCAGGAGGCGUUCUGAGGACAAGAGUAAAGGAAGUGAUAGCGAGAGGUCUGGGAAACCGCUGGUGAGGCAGGGUAGUUUUACCAUUGAGAAACCCAGUGGUAACGUCCCCAUAGAACUGAUUCCUCGCAUCAACCGACAGAAUGGCGGGAGGGAGCGAAGCGACUCCGUGGGCAGCAUGGACACGGCAACUCUUCUCAAAGACACUGAAGCUGUCAUGGCAUUCCUUGAGGCUAAACUCCGGGAUGAGAAGAAGUUGGACCCCGUAACGCCACCUAGCUGUCCCCCAGCCUGCCCUUUAUCCCCAGAAUCUGAUAUCGACACGACCAGUACGGUCAGCCAGGCAGCAGCCGAGGCCGAUCGUAAGGCGGUUCAGAAGCGACGAUCCCUCAGCAGCCUUUAUAGAGAGAAGAGUAAUGUGAGCACCACAUCAAAAACCACGACCAGUGCGAGAGAGCGUCUGGAGAGGAAAACCAAGACCAAGACCACAGAAAGCCGCUCAGAUGCUCGCCGUUCAGUACAGACAGCUUCCCGUGGCCGCCAACCAUCCCAAGAUCUCACUGAUGAUGACCAGACGUCCUCGUUACCCAUCUCAGACAUCCUGUCCUCGGACCAGGAGACAUAUUCCAGCCGCUCACACACCAAAGGUUACUUCACCUCCACUGAUGACCUCUUGCAGUCCAAGCUUGAUACCAGCAAAUCCGCAAGGUCCGCAAAGCCCAGCAAGACGCUGCAAACUAGCACCGCGGCCCUCGUGAAACAGGCUGGUCUUCCACAGCCACGUCCCACGAGGGCAUCUCUGUUGCGCAGGGCUCGGCUCGGAGACACGUCGGACACAGACCUGGCAGAUGCGGACAGGGUUUCAGUGGCGUCUGAGGUGUCCACCACCAGUUCCACUUCUAAACCACCAUCGGGAAGAAAGGCGCAGUCACGCAUUGACAUGCUAGCGCAACCUCGACGCACCAGACUCGGCUCGUUUUCAGCAAGGAGCGAUUCGGAGGCCACGGUCAGUCGGACCACAGCAACACGCUUGUCGGCAGAGACGGCGCUUCGUCUGGGGCUGAGAAGCACAAAUCAACAAGUAGCGGACGGCAAGCUAACGGCACGCAUGAGGGCUAAUAGUGUUUCCAAGCUAACGGACCCCAAGCCGAAGACACCACCUGUCAACAGCACCCCAUCAGAAACUCAACUUGAGCCUGAAAGUGUUCUCGCAGAGGAGGAGCCCAUGGGUACUGUACCAUCUCUGGGCUGUGUGUCUAAUAACCGGUGGAGACGGCUGCCUCCUGAAUAUGCCUCUACCUCUGAGGAUGAGUUUGGCUCCAACCGGAACUCUCCCAAACACGUUCGCCUGCGGCCGGGCACCACCCUUCGCACCAGCAGGCUGGGUGGUCCCGCUCCGGUCACAACCAGUCCCGGGGGUCUCCUCCUUAAGAACAGGAUGAGGGAACAGGAGGAGUACAUACGAGAUUGGACAGCUCAUAGCGAGGAGAUUGCCAGGUUAUUUCCCUGUGUGCGCAGGAUCAGUCAGGACCUUGCCAAGGACCUGGCUAUCCUGGCACGGGAGAUCCAUGACGUGGCAGGUGAAAUCGACUCGGUCAGUUCCUCCGGCACCGCACCGAGCACCACCGUCAGCACAGCCGCGACCACGCCAGGCUCCGCCAUCGACACCAGGGAGGAGCUGGUAGAGAGAGUUUUUGACGAAAGUCUAAACUUCAGGAAGAUUCCCCCUGUAGUUCACACCAAACCCACAGAGGUCAAUGGCAGACCAGUGGAACUUCGUCCCCGAGCCCCGGACAGCCUGGACCCUCAGGCGGCCCUGCGCAGACGUACCUGGAACCGGGAUGAGGUGAGACCGGCGGUGCUAGACAGUUUAUUGCUGACAUCGGUUUCCCAACUGUCUUCCAAAAUCCGACAGUCUGUAGAUAAAACUGCUGGCAAAAUCAGGAUAUUGUUCAAAGACAAGGACAGGAACUGGGAUGAUAUUGAGAGUAAACUCUGUUUGGACAAUGAAGUGCAACUUCCCAAAACUACAAACAAGGAAAUUUCAUCUAUACUGACAGAGCUGAAGAGGGUAGAAAAACAGCUUCAAGUUAUAAAUGUCAUGGUGGAUCCUGAUGGAACCCUUGACGCUCUGACCAGCCUCGGCCUGACCAGUCCGACCACCCCCAAACCCAGAACCAGCCCUGGCUCUCAGAGCAAAUGGGGGCCCCUGCCCAGUAACGGAGCCUCCCAGCCGCCACCAACAACAACCAUAACCAACCCUAGCCCAGAGAAACCUAGUGUGGGACUCAACUUCAGCCGCAAACACCCCACAGGAGAGGAGAGUGCCAUCGCUAGCAAAUAAUAAAAAAAAUAAAAAAAACUUUCUUUUAGUAGACUGGACUAACUACAUACUGUAGCUUGUUCCUGAAUGGAUCUUUUAUGUGUAUGUAAAAUGUAAUUAUUCAUAUGUGCCCUUCUACAGGAUUCUGUAUGAGGUCUGUUUGUUGUUUCACCCUGUAGUGUAAUCUUUAGGAUCACACCUGUGUAUCUGGACUGACUGCUUGUCCCGGCUAAGCAAAACCGCACCAAAACACACACAGCUGCAUGUGACAGGAAGCAAGUGGCCAUCUAAACCCAAUGAACUGCCAGAUGUAUCCCUCAUGAACGGACUAAAGCAACUCCAGUGCCUGUCUGCUCUCCUCUGAGCUUACCUUUCUGUGUUCUGCACAGUGCAACUACCCAGUUUACCAAACUGAAUACAGCAAACUAUGCGCAAACUCAGUAAUUGUAUUUUCAAAUUUGUCUAUUUAGAUAGCUGUAAUUUUUGGAAAAUGUUUUCGAUUUUUGUGCAUUCAAGCUAUUCUAAAUUAGCUUAAUAAUAAUAAUGUUUUUUUGUUGUUGUUUUUUUGGGAAUGUAAAGAAUUUGUAUCAUUGGAAGCUGAAUUAUUCAUUGAAAUUAUUUGCGUAAUUUUGUAGAGGGACAUGAAGAGGGAACUUGCAGACAAAUGCAUGGCAUGCACUAACGGACUGGUAAACUGCACCCUGGCUAAAUAGUUUUUCGCCGUUAUGCUCCCUCGAUCAGCACUGUUGAUCGCUGAAUCAGCCUUAUGACUGUAAGCGUACUAACACUCUGCAUAGAUGUACAUCUCUGAUACUUACUAGCCUUCUUUUCAUGUUCCACGUCUCUGUGUGCGUUUACUGUUUACCCGUUUCUUUCCUUCUGCUGCUUAUCUGUAUUUUUAGGAGGAUGUAGGAGUAAACCUGAACCACUUACCUGGCCUUUCUUUAGGAGCCCUGUGGGAAGAGUAUUUCUGGCAUAUAGUGUAACUGUAGACAUAGACGAUAGUGCAGAUAGGUACCAGACAGAAUACAUCCAGUGGGCUUUUUUUGUGUUUUAUACAUGUAUGAUGUCACUAAGUGCCCAGUAUUCUCAUCUUACUCUUUUGGUUUUUAAGGAUGAAAGACGUGAUUCAUUGUGCUAUGGUUUCAUUUUGCACAUCAAAGGAGUAAUGUGAAAUGGAAUGAUUCAGAGCACAAAAAGGAUUAUGACACCACUAUAUCCCACUGUACUCACUACAAGAUGCCUUUACAGUGGGACGCCCCUCUGACAGAAAACAAUCUGCCACUGUAUGAGAGGGUGGAACGGCAGAUAAAGUGCUUGGUACAUAGAUUUUCCCUGUGUGGUUUACACAUUGUGUAUCAUAUCAGUGUUUUGUUUUUCCUCCUUUUUUUUAUUGUUUUUAAUGUAUGGUUUAUUUAUUUUUGUUUAUUUCAAUUCAUUUGAUUAUGGCACUUUUCUUUUUUACAUAAUUUUGCAUAUUCUCAAUAAAGGGGGGGGGCAGCAUAUUAAAUAAAAGUUUUUGUUUAAUUCCGAA